AAGAUUGAGCCCAGUGCAUUUGCAUCCGGGGCUAGUUUAGACCGGAUAUUACGCGAGCUAGAGGAUAUGUUUGCUGCUCGCUUCGCACGAGGUGACAAGAAGAAGGCACAGGCGCGCUUGCGAAGCGACUCGCAGCAUAAAAGCCACCACUUCAGUACCUUCAGAAGCGGGAUGCUCCUUGGGCUUGCCGUGCCCGCAUUGGCGGAUGGAAUCGUCAAAAGUGAGUUGUAA